GGAUAUAGUGGGAAUAUUUCCUGAUAGAGGAAGCACCAGGUUGAUCAUCUCAACCUCCUGCCAUGACUCGGCCGGAUCAACAGUUAAACCGAAGUCUACUAAGUAAAUGAUGCCCCUAUUUUUGAUCUAAUCUUAGUUUGCACAGACGCCACCUCGUAUUCAGAAGUCUCCACAGCAACGCGUGCCGUCUGUUAUGUACUUAUUACUUAGUUUAUGUCUUCCCCCGUGCAGUUGUGCUUGCUCGAACUUUUCAUUUUCUUCUAAAACUUCAUUCAACUUUAUCCAGCGUCUACUCCUUCAACUCCUCUUGUAUUUUUAUCUUAUACCGUUAUUAUAAUACAUAAUACAAUCAGUAUCAUCAAGAUGCGUUCUUUCGCUCUCCUCGCUGCCCCCAUGCUGGCCGGUGUUGCACUGGCACAAGACGACAACCUUCACACUACUGUCCUCACUAUCGGUUUUACCAACAGUGAAGGCUCAGCCGUCACCGCCACCACCACUUACACCUACGAGUACUCCAACCCAGUCACAACACUGUUGACACAGACCAACUCGGACGGCAUCAUCACUGGUCUCCCAAGCAAUGCCGAAACAUCGCAGCCCGCUGUGGUGACUUCUCAGCCCGCUGUUGUCACGUCCAUCCCAGACGUCGCUACCAUUCCAGCUGGCCUUCCAGAGGGCACCACAACCAUUCUCCAGGGAAACUCCUCUUCAUUCGUCAUCAGUGUCGGCCCAUCCACCACUGUAGUCCUCACCUCAACUUCCACCACAAGCAGCCGCGCAUCUGGCACUGGUGGCAGUGAUUCUACUCCCACUGACGGCUCCAACCCAUCCGAGACCUCAGACUCCAGCGAUGACAACCCAACUGAGACACCGGGCGCUGCUGCUGGUGUCGUUCCGGCCUCGUUCGGUCUCGUUUCCUUCAUUGCCCUAGCCGCUGCCCUGUUCUAAGUGGCCAUGUCUAUUAUAUACCGUCGGCAAUCAAGUUUGCUACAACAGAUGCAUGUGAGAAUAGGGGGCGUCUUUCUGACCAUCACUCCAUGUUCUCAUUACCCAGCCAGCCACUGAGCGAUUCACUUUGAAGCUCGGCUCUAAAAUAAUGUAAUUUAGCGUUAUUACCUGUCAAUUGCAUAAUCCAUUGCAUUGAAUUCCAAAUCUACAUCCUUGCUAUGGUACCACGCGUGAUAGGUUAACCCUGAGGCCAACAUGGUAUAAGUGACUCUCGUCUCGUG